CAUUGUCGUUCGCGCAAGCAAGCAUCCAACUAACCUUACCUACCAGCUAAGCUAAGCAGCUAAGGUGCCUUACCUACCUUACUCUGUACAGCUAUCACUCCACCGUGAAUUAAUCCAAGCACCCUGUUUCGUUUCAGUCCCCCGGAACCGUUCUGCUUCAAGCGACGGAUAAAUCCACUUUGGAAGAGUACUCCGCCACACACACCACAGCGUCACGACCCUUUUGCGACAUUUCUGCGAAUAGCCUCACUGGUUAUUCUGCUGCCUAGCACACCCAAAUCCCGACUUGCUGCUCUGCAUGUCGACACGCGUACAUGCAAGGUUCGAGCGUGUGCAGCUCAGCGCCAUUGACACAAUUCCCCACUUCGGAUUUUUUUUUUGUUUCUUCCUCGAUCGACAGAAGGUUGCGGGAAAUCCCUUGGCCAGAAGCAGAUAACCUACCUUCUCGAACAAGUCUUUUUUCAAGGCAGCAGCAAUAAAUAAAAUCCCAUCCUCUGCACAUGACGCGUACCCUGCCCUGGAAGCGCAACGCGUCUUCCAUCUCUGCACCGAAGAAUGCUGUCACCCCUCCAUCCAAACGUCCGGCGGCUGUCGACCCACAUGUCAGCGGGAGCCCGACGUCACAUCCGCCAAGGCCCGUGACAGGAGAUGAGGAGGCGCAGUCUACCUAUCCGCCGUAUCGGGUUCCUGUAAUCAAAAAGCGCUCCCAAUCAUCUUCACCCCCGCCUGCUCCACCGGAAGAAAGGUUUAUGAUUAGUGGUGUCGAUGGCGACGACAUAUGGCGUAUGGUGGAGGAUGAGUUCCUCUCCGUGGCAGGCGCUUUCACUGCGCAUCUUCACAGGGCCGAAUACAAAAGGCUCAAGCGUGUGGCAGAGUCCCAAAACGCCAAAACAAUCAGCACGAUCUCUAGGCCAGUGGCAUGCGACAGGACUGAUACAGUCAAACGACGACAGGAUCGGGAAGAGCUUGAGCGACGUCAAGGUGGGGCCAUCAAGCGCAUGCGAGCUUCUAGUGAUGGAAAGAACUCCAAUGAAAGCGAUGACGAUGACGGACCAAGUCCUUGGGCCGGUACCGCCCUGCAGGGUCUCAUGGAUAGCCCCAGGAAGAAGGCCCCUCGUUUGAUCAGUGACGUUAUCAAAAAGACCACUAUUACCAAGCCUCCAAUGUUUCGAAACGCACAGCGAUCAACAGCAAACCAAUCGGGGAACCUGUACCGCAAUACGAGGCCGAGCUCUCUGGAACCCCACCGCACCCAGGGUUCAUCGCCAAGGGUCCGACGAGGCGCAGUCAACGAUGAUGAGCAGACAACUCAGAGCGAGGACGAUAGCGACGAUGAUUUGGAUGCAGCCCCUACGCGUCUCGCCCUUGACCGCAAGCACGCGCACUCGCCUGCAGAUGCAGACAGCCGCCGGCGCUCCAACGCAUCCCACACCAUUUCUUUUGGAGAUAGCGGCAGCGCGAACACUCGCCAGCGCCCAGCCAAUAGGGAAUCACUAGGCACACCUGCGUCUCCCGUGUCGCGGCCGCGCGUAGAUCAGGACGAUUCGGACUCGUCGGGUGGGAUUUUUGCACGAGCCAGGAAGCGAAGGGAGCGCCUUCGCGGACAGCAACGGAGUGAACAAGCACCGGGGAAUCCACCGACGGGUCGACAAGCAGAAAAGAGCAAGGAUACAGCGCUAGAUAUCGUACCUUCUUUCAUUUAA